AUGGAUGGGAGUUUUGUUUAAGAUUUCGGAUUCCUAAAAAGCGACGAACUACGAAAAUUCGGGUCUCCGAUUCAUGAAUGGCGAGGCAUCAAUUAACUAAGAUCUGAUCCAGCCAUCCGAAAACUUCUAACUACCGAUGUUUCGCGUUUUGAAGAACUUCCCUCUCAAAGGCGUCACCAAUUGUCGAUGGAUGACCACCACCACCACCACCGUAAUGAGUUUCGGAGACGGCAGCCAUGGUGCUCUUGGCUUACCAAUCUCCGUCACCGGAAUCAAUUCCGACGCCUACGAACCCACUCCAAUCUCAGCCCUACCUCCCGAUGUUUCCAGCAUCGCCGCCGGUCACUACCACUCUCUCGCCGUUACUUCCCAAGGCCACCUCUGGUCUUGGGGUCGCAAUGCCGAAUCACAACUUGGUCGGAACCUUGAUUCCCCUAGAGAAACAUGGAUUGAACCAAAAAGAAUAGAGGGAUUAAGUGAUGUAAAAUCUGCAUUUGCCUCUGGUGUUGUUUCUGCAGCUAUUGGAAUCGACGGGUGUAUAUGGAUUUGGGGGAAAUCAAAACGGGGUCAAUUAGGUCUUGGAAUCGGAAUCACAGAAGCCAUUCAUCCCACCAAAAUAAAAGCUCUUUCAAAAGAAGAGAUAAUUAAGGUGUCAUUUGGAUGGGGACACGCUCUUGCACUUACUAAAGAUGGAAAGUUAUUCGGUUGGGGUUAUUCAGCUGAUGGUAGAUUAGGAAAGAGAGAAAUUACGAGUGUGUCCCCACUCGAUUCUGUAAACAAUUUGUCAAAGCUUGAAGAUGCUGAAAAAGUAGUAUUGGAAGCAAUGAGUAAAGAGAAUGAUAUGCCCAUCAUAUGGGAGCCAUGUUUGAUUGAUGAAUUAAAAGGCGUUGAAGUUGCUGACGUGUCAUGUGGGCUUGACCACACCUUGGUUCUUUUACGUGAUGGAACUUUAUUAAGUGGAGGAAGCAAUGUAUAUGGACAAUUAGGAAGAUCAACACAAGAUUUGGAGUUACUUCCUGUUGACAUAAGUGUCCACCCUGUUUCAAUUUCUUCAGGGCUAGGGCAUUCUUUAGCUAUAUGUCAGAUUCCAUCUGCAGAAGGUGGUGAAGGUAUCUCAGGGGUGUUUUCAUGGGGUUGGGGGCAAAAUUGUCAACUUGGAAGAGAAGGUCCAGGGAAUAUUCCGUUGCUUGUGGAUGGGCUUUUAGGGGAAAAGCCCGUAUCAGUGUCGGGUGGGCGGGUCCACUCCAUUGUCCUCACGGAUAAUGGAGAGGUUUUUUCUUGGGGGUGUGGGAGAAGUGGGAGGCUUGGGUUGGGUAGUUCCAUGGAUGAACAUGAACCAAUGGUGGUUGAGUUUUCAGAAGAUACAAAUGUUUUGCAAGUUGUUUCAGGGUUUGAUCAUAAUUUGGUCUUAACUAGUUGA